ACCAAUGAGAGUCUAGAUCUACCGAGCCUCCUGUCUCUGAUUGGCCAGACCACAGAGGGAGGAGGGUGGCUGACUCUGUUAGUUUGACAAUAAGAUCAAUACUGACGUUGAAAAAGUGCAUGCUAUGCUGCCAGUGCUUCUUGUGCUUGAACCUUGAACCAUGACCAUUGAACUAUGAACAACUUGGAUCGGUCAGACCAGAAAUCAUUCUGGACGUAGCCGAAGAACGGCCACCGCUGCUAGCUAGCGCCCCAAACCCGCGCAGUGGCCGCCCUCCCACCAUUAAAGACCGGUACUGAGCUCGACCCAGAAGGAGGAUGAGUGUGAAGAGCCGGCCGGAUGUGGCUUUGGGAGCGGGCUCAGCAUGAAUAACUUCCUGUCGCGCGUCCAGACUCAAUGGCAAGCGGCUCGAGUCUCGGAAGUGAACCACGAAUUAGGCAAAGUCAAGGAGACCUUGGUUCAAGAGUCCUCGCAAUAUUUGCACAACCUACGUUCAGACGCGGUCCAAGUGGGAUCGCUCAUUCGCUCAGAAUCUCUCCGAUUCUCCACCUUGUUCGGCUCGACCGCCACGACCGCCGACACCCAGCCCCAACACGCCCAUGCAUCCGAGGCCCAGUCAUUGGCCCUUAAUCGUCUGCCCAAAAGUGCCAGUUUACCCGUGAUUCAGGCCCACACCCAGCCCUCCAAACAUCGAGGUACCAAAUAUCAAUACAAGAGCUCCGAGGCCCCGCCUGUUUUAACCGAGGAGGUGGACGAAGGUCCAACUCAAUCGCUGGACCAAUCCGUGAUUGAUCGGUUCAUUCGGGUGGUUGAAGUGACGGAAUCUUCCACGCGGGUUUCAGCCCCGCCCACCACUGUCGGACAUCCCAUCCGCCCCAAUACGCGUGAAGAAAUCCGCAAGAAAUUAGCUGCCUCUUUCGGCUCCACUCACCACGAUUCCGAUCCUGAACUUCGGCCCAACGGUUUUCGCAAGGGUUUCCUUCCGGCCGAUAAUCACGACCUCCAGAUUUGUUUCAUCAACGAGGUCGUAUCGAGUGGGGAAGACGACGACCACGACGACCACGACGACGAAGAUCCUCGAACGGAUUCCACCUGUGGCGUAGAUCAGAAAGAGGACAGUUCAGAAGACAGUGACACGGAAGAGGCCGUCUACCCGCGAUCUCGAAUCGAUUGGGAGUCGUUUCGAAAUCCGGAUCUUGAAUCGCCCCAAGCACUCCAAUCCCCCCCCGCCAGUUCGCAUCGAGACGAGAAACGGCGAAGAAAGUUCAAAAAGAAGUUGUCCAAGUUGCAGAAAGAGGUGCAAGUAAAUCUCAGUGAUUGUCAAGCCAUCGCUAAAAAGUUGGUCGAUAAGGAGCGACUGAAACGAGGUCAAAACAAUCCACUACGGCAACUGUUGGGCGUGUCCAACGACCGCUUUACCCUGUCUCAGUUAGGCACGUACAAUUUUGCUUCACUCCAAGUGAUCGUCAAUCAUCUGCAUAAUCAAAUCGAAUCUCAUAACCAAGAACUCGUGCAACUCCUCAUUCAAAAAGACGAGCUUCAAAUUGAGCAAGACAGCCAGCUCCUGGAUAUCGAAGAUCUGACGCACAACCUGCCCCUCAGCCAAACCUUAUAA